GAGACGGGGCUGCUGGACAAAGAGUGAACCGGCUCCUCUCUGCCCCUCGGAGCUAGAUGACUCCGGGAAGGUGCGGGACCCGCAGCUGGUGCGCAUGUUCCUCAUGAUGCACCCCUGGUACAUCCCUUCAUCCCAGCUGGCGGCCAAGCUGCUCCACAUCUACCAACAAUCCCGGAAGGACAACUCCAGCUCCAUGCAGGUGAAAACAUGUCAUCUGGUCAGGUACUGGAUCUCAGCAUUCCCAGCAGAGUUUGACUUGAACCAUGAGCUCGCUGAGCAGAUCAAGGAGUUGAAGGCUCUGCUGGACCAAGAGGGGAACCGCAGGCAUAGCAGCCUCAUCGACAUCGAGAGCGUCCCCACCUACAAGUGGCAGCGGCAAGUGACCCAGCGGAACCCAGUGGGACAGAAAAAGCGCAAGAUGUCCCUGCUGUUUGACCACCUGGAGCCCAUGGAGCUGGCAGAGCAUCUCACCUACCUGGAGUACCGCUCCUUCUGCAAGAUCCUGUUCCAGGACUAUCACAGUUUUGUGACUCACGGCUGCACCGUGGACAACCCUGUGCUGGAGCGAUUCAUCUCCCUUUUCAACAGUGUCUCGCAGUGGGUCCAGCUCAUGAUCCUCAGCAAGCCCACCGCCCCGCAGCGGGCCCUGGUCAUCACACACUUUGUCCACGUGGCAGAGAAGCUGCUACAGCUGCAGAACUUCAACACGCUGAUGGCGGUGGUCGGGGGCCUGAGCCACAGCUCCAUCUCUCGCCUCAAGGAGACCCACAGCCACGUUAGCCCCGAGACCAUCAAGCUCUGGGAAGGUCUGACGGAACUGGUGACGGCCACCAGCAACUACGGCAACUACCGGCGGCGGCUGGCAGCCUGCGUGGGCUUCCGCUUCCCCAUCCUGGGCGUGCACCUCAAGGACCUGGUGGCCCUGCAGCUGGCACUGCCUGACUGGCUGGACCCUGCCCGGACCCGACUUAACGGGGCCAAGAUGAAGCAGCUGUUCAGCAUCUUGGAGGAGCUGGCCAUGGUGACCAGCCUCCAGCCACCAGUGCAGGCCAACCCUGACCUGCUGAGCCUGCUCACGGUGUCGCUGGAUCAGUAUCAGACGGAGGACGAGCUCUACCAGCUGUCCCUGCAGCGGGAGCCGCGCUGCAAGUCCUCGCCAACCAGCCCCACCAGCUGCACCCCGCCGCCCCAGGCCCCUGUGCUGGAGGAAUGGACCUCAGCGGCCAAACCCAAGCUGGACCAGGCGCUCGUGGUGGAGCACAUCGAGAAGAUGGUGGAGUCUGUGUUCCGGAACUUUGACGUCGACGGGGAUGGCCACAUCUCUCAGGAAGAGUUCCAGAUCAUCCGUGGGAACUUCCCUUACCUCAGCGCCUUUGGGGACCUCGACCAGAACCAGGAUGGCUGCAUCAGCCGGGAGGAGAUGAUCUCCUACUUCCUCCGCUCCAGCUCCGUGCUGGGCGGCCGCAUGGGCUUCGUGCACAACUUCCAAGAGAGCAACUCCCUGCGCCCCGUUGCCUGCCGCCACUGCAAGGCCCUGAUCCUGGGCAUCUACAAGCAGGGCCUCAAAUGCCGAGCCUGUGGUGUGAACUGUCACAAGCAGUGCAAGGACCGCCUGUCAGUGGAAUGCCGGCGCAGGGCGCAGAGCAUGAGUCUGGAGGGGUGUGCCUCCUCCCCCUCCCCCACACACACCCACCAUCGCACCUUCAGCUUCUCCCUGCCCCGCCCGGGCCGGCGCGGCUCCCGGCCUCCAGAGAUCCGAGAAGAGGAGGUGCAGACGGUGGAGGACGGAGUGUUUGACAUCCACUUGUAAUGAUGCUGUGACUGGAUCCAGCACUCAUGUCUGCCUUGGAGCAAAGACCUGGAGCAGAGCAGGGGGCCGGGUGCUGGGGCAGCAGGCUGGGGCUGGGGGGUGGGGCAUGAGGGUGGCAUGUGGCUGAGGGCAGGGCCGGGGCUGGUGUCCCUAAGGUUGUACAGACUCUUGUGAAUAUUUGUAUUUUCCAGGAAUAAAAAGGCCCGUGUCAUGAACC